CUCUACAACGGCGAUUUGUAGAGUCUAUGUUACUCGGACUACAGUAGGUACAUGUAAUUGGAGGCCCGAACAGGUUGAAAACAUAUGAAACAUAUGUUUAGAAAACACUUAGAUUUUGCAAACCAGUCUCAUGGGGUUUGUACACAGGGUGUCAAGUGACAUGUUGUGUCCGGAUAUAGAACUCUUUCAGUUUACUUAUUGCCACAUCAAGGAAGAGGAAAAACCAAUCAUGUGAUUGACCUGUUGGCUACCGGUACAUGUUCUUUAGGGCUAAAAAUGUUGUAGUCAUUUAUAGAUUUAUCAGUCUUACAAAUACGGUACAUGUACAUGUUUCAGUAGUGCGUGUAUUUGAAUGCAUGUCAUCAGUGGUAUUCCACUGUUAUUUGUAUCUUCGUGACCAACUACAUGUAUGGAUAGUACGGAAAUGGGCAACUCCACAGAAAGUCCACCUUUUGAAUUUAGUGACUACACACAGAGAGUCAUAGUGGCCGUCAUAUAUCUGAUUGUUAUCUUGCUGGGAACUGUUGGAAAUGUUCUGGUUAUUCUGUCCAUGUCCCUGUCAAAGAAGCUUCGUACAGCCACCAAUAUCUUUGUGGUAAACUUGAGCAUAGGGGAUUUGCUGACAUGUCUUGCUCUCCCAUGGACAGUUGCGACGACGCUCAGCAAGAAUGGCCUGCCAUUCAACACGUGGGUGUGCAGUUUGGCAGCAGCCAUACAGGCCACAGCCAUUGGUUGCAGUAUGUACACGCUGGCCUUCAUUGGCCUGCAGCGCCUGUUGCUGAUCAAAUGGCGUGCAUCUGCCUAUCGCAUCAUCUACACACCAAGGAAGAUCGUGGCAUGGCUGGUAGUCACAUGGUCCAUCCCCCUGCUUCUCACUCUCAUCCCACCACUCGCAGAUGUUGGUGAGAUAGGCUAUAACAAGAAGUACCAUCACUGUGGAUUUCCAUCCACCCACCCCCGCUCUGGUGACUACGAUCUUAUCAUAGCUUUAGGGUUCUAUCCGCUCCCUUUCCUCAUCCUCAUCCUGUGCUAUGCGUCCAUCUGGAGGCAUCUCUGCCACGUUGUCAAGAGUACCAAGCAUCCAAAGGCCUCGGCUGAAUUGUCCAUGGGAGAAUCAGUGGCUACUGAGAACAGCCCAAGUGGCAAGCCGGCACCUGUUCGCCGAGGCACCCUUCGGAGAUCUCAGAUGAGCCGUCACCAAACCAAGGUCACAAAGAACAUGUUCUACAUAGUUUGUGCUUUUACGCUCUGCCUGAUUCCUUUUGGUAUCUGCCUGCUGGUCAAUGGCACCGAGCCAUUCUUGCCAUAUGCCUAUGCGAUCCUGGUCUUCAACAGUUGUGUCAACCCCCUGAUUUAUGCAAGUAAACACCAUGACUUUAAAUCGGUCUUUUGUUGUAUCCUGCGCUGCAAGUGGGAUAAUAUCCCAGAACCGUCCGAUUUUCUGAAGAGGCUAAUCUCCAAUAAAGUAAAUAAACCAUCUAUCAGUACACGCAGCAGUGCAGAGAAGCCUUUCCAAGUACCAGAGAAAACAGAUACACCGGUAACUGAGUAA